UUGACUCGAGCCUGAAGCAACGAAGAUAACUCGACAGACAAAGACCCAGGAAAGCAAAACGAAUUCAAAAAGUCAAAAUACUGGGUCCAUACACUUAGGCCGAAAACCAAUAUACGGAAGAAGAAGAAAAAGGUUCUGGGUUUCCAUGGAACUUCUGAAAUCUUUGGUCCAUCACAUUAGGCUUCUCUUCAGUAAUGAACAGACAGAGAAAAAUGGUACAGUGAUGGGCCUUUUUGAAAUAACCUCCAAAUAUCAUGUUAACGCAAAAUGUGGAAAGCAAUUAUAUGUCCACACUUAUCAUGUAAGCGAUAUUGGAUUAUUUUUCUCCGUCUCAGGAAGUACAACGUAUCCCAUAGUUCUUAACGAUUACUUUUUGACCUGGGACAUGACUUUAACCUAUUCUGAUAAUUGCUUAGAAGUGUGUCUUAACCCGAAGCACAAAUUCAAUUGUUUAAAGCAUGAUGGAUAUGUCUAUUCAUCAUGGUGCACGAUAUGCACUUCAAAAUUUCCAUAUAUACGUUAUAUUUUAACUAUAUCAUAUCGUAGCCCUGGCGAUCGCGAUAAUUGGACCAAAAAGGUUGAUUCGAAAUAUUGGUUGCCUCGUAGUGCAAAGUUUCAAAGGUCUGUGGGAAAAUGUAAAAUGCAAUUCACAGAACACGAGAAGUCUGACGCACUUUCGGUAACUUGUCAGUUUUAUGUGAUAGAAGGAGUAAGUUCUGUGUAUCAAGAAAGAGAUGCAUUUGAAAAACCCUCGUCACACUUCAGUAGCAUCUUCAAGUCUCUUUGGGAGAACAGACACUUCGGUGACGUGACUCUGAUAGUUUCGAACAACCAAUUUUGUGCGCACAAGGCUGUACUUGCUGCGAGUAGUCCAGUUUUCCAAAGGAUGUUUGAGAGCGAGAUGCUAGGGGGAACUGAAAGUACAGUAGAAAUAACCGACGUGGAAGAUACUUUAGUUGAGUUAAUGCUCAAAUUCCUUUAUCUUGGACCCGUCGAAGAAGUGAGAAAUAAAGCUCAUGAGCUAGUAUAUCUAGCUGAUAAGUACGAUAUUACAACUAUGAGGGAAAUGUGUCUAAAUGUUUUGCGUAGAAAAUUGACUCUGGAAAACUCGGUGAAUACUUUAAUCCUUGCUGAUAGACACAAUUUACAAUUAUUGAGAUCCUCAACUAUUCGAUACAUUGUCAAGAAUGUUAAAGUAAUUAGAAAUAGAACAGAUUUCCCGCUAUUAAAGGCAUAUCCUAAUUUACUCUAUGAGAUUCUGUGUGAAAUUAGUGAAUCGGUUACCAUGAAAGAUGCGGAAGGACGUUAUUUGAAAAAUGAAAAUUUGCUCAAAAAUGCUGCAUAGCAUGUGUAUACCUAUCGUGUAUUUUGUAACAUUCUGUUCAUGUUUUGAAAUUCUUUACAGCGAGAUUAUAUUUUUAUGCAUUUCAUAAUGCAAUGGUUAGAUUUUUGUAAGCUUUAAUAGAUUUUAAGAUAGGAGUAAUGAACUUUAUGCGUCCCUUUCGAAUUAGAUUUUAAGGUUAAGCUGAGACUGAAACGAAUUUCUAAAAGGCAGAUUUAUUUCAUUGGCCCAGAUUUAUUCCGUAAUAAUUUUUAAGUUCCAAGAUUUCAUAUUUCAUGUUCCUCGAAAUGAUGUACAAUAUGUAAUACCGCAAUAUACUUUUUAUACAUUUUUGGAUUUAA